AUGGCGAGCACAAGUAACCCCGUCAUGAACGGUCUGCAGAACGGCCAACCGGACCUGGACCAGGAUCGUAGACGCUGGUUCAAUGACUUUGAGGCAAUCAAAGCCCGCUUCGAAGCAGAGAAGGAAACCAUCAGAUCAAAGUUUCUUCAACAGCAGCGCGACGCAUGCACUGAUCUGGACGACGAGGCUCGCUACGCCGACAUGCCAGGCCUGCCACAAAAAGCCCAUGAUCUCAUCCAGAAGUACCAGAAUGAACUGCGAUCCCACCGCUGGGCUGCUUGUCAACAUAGAUUCGACGAGGAGGAGAAGGAUCGUGUACAGCGCGAAAGGGAUGCUCUCCGAGAGCAUCACAUCCUCUUUCCUAUCCCCGGCCCUUCUGGACCCAACGGACACAACGGGCCGAACGCGAGACGACCUUCGACGACGAAGACGACGAUUGCGACGCUUCCGAGCCAGACGCCACCGAACGGACGCAUGGCAUUGCCGUCCGAGAUGUUGGCCCGUGCCACUCCCUCGAGCUCGCUAGCCAACACCAUCUCGCAACCGCGUCAGCCAUUGCCCCAGGGAGGUACGGGGAUGCCUUCGCACACCACUCACCCUAACCAACAUGGACUCUCGAGACAGGCAAACGGAGCGUCGGGGGACGCAAGUUCCACCCAGAUGCAGCACCAGCAGCUUCUCAAUCAAACCCGCCAGCCACAGCAGCCCAUGGGUCAAAGCCAGCGCAACCCGCACAAUCAGCUCAAUCAGCACAAUCAGCACAUUCCCCACAACCCAAACUGGCCUCAUCAUGGCCAGCCCGGCCCGCAGCAGGGCUCGCCUCGUAUAUCCCCCAUCUACCAGAAUCGCCCGGUCAACGGCAGCACGGUAGCUAACGGCCCCCCUCGAGUGCUCGCCUCGCAGGUCCAGCUUCCCAUGCUCGGAAGCAAUCACUACGGCCACAUGCGAAUCAAACCCUCUGUCAGGCCCUUGACCGGUGGUGAUCCGGCUGACUCAAUGCACGGUAACCGGGUACCUCUGCCGCCGAUUCACACGCCGGCUAUGGGAAACCGUGACGAGAGAUUGCAGGCGCAUAAUGGAAGGAACAUGACGCAGCUCCCUACGCCCCGAGCCGAUGAUAUGGCGAGGCAGGCCAUGGACAUUCAUCGGUUGGCCAAGCGGAAGUCCGACGCGAGCGAUAUGUCGGCUCGAGAAGCGGAAUUCAAGCGAGCGAGGCUGGACAGUCCCCAUUCCAUCGCACCUCGGACAAUCACCUUCCAAGAGGUCUACCAGGACGGCAAGGCGGAGUUCAAGCAUAACAUUGUUAAAUAUGACGAUGUGUUUUACAUCUUGCGCUGCGACGAGCACGGUGUGCACUUCAAGCAAAACGCGCUCGCCGCCGCGGCCAAGCACCUCCACGGUGCUUCGCAUGGCCACCAGAAGAAGGAACACAAGCUGGCCGUCGAGACGAUCGGAUUCCACGUCGUGGACUGCACCGAGGAGCUUGCCGCGCUGAACAACGCGUGCGUCCGCCAGGCAUUCGAGAACGGAUACAAGCCCCUGAACCAACUACACGGCCCGAAAUCCGGCGGCAAACGACACUCAGGAGGCAUACCGGCCGUGGUGGACGCGUUUGUCGACCGGGCCCCAUCAGUGUCACAAUCGCCAUUUCAGGCCCCGGCCCAAGCCGCUGCUUUGGAAAAUGUCGCCGAGCAGGACGAGACUGAGCAGGAGCGCCAGCAGGAGCCCAAACAGGAUACCAAGCAGGACACCAAGCAGGACACCAAGCAGGAGGACUCGAUGCCAACAAAGUACAUCCUCAAUCCCAAAGCGGGUGAGCUUUACCACGCCCGCUGGCCGAGGAGUAGCAAGCUCUACAUCGUCAUGAUCCUCGGCUGGACGGACCUCAGGAUGUGUGGCUGGGAGGCCAAGUUGAGCGAAACCCAGCUCUACGACAAAAAGAUCAGACCAAGCUGCUACACAUACAACGACGACGGAAUCGCUGGGUGGGCAUCUGGGUUCGGCGACGGCGAACCUCGUGUCCUGGAAAGGGACGUUCCCGUUCUGUGGUUUGAAUCCAAGGGCAAAACUAGGCUCGGCUGGCUAGGAGUCAAGUGGCUUCUGAAGCCCAUGGUCCUUGACGAUCCGAGCCGGCCAACCGAUCCCGACAAUCCAUCCAAUCAAGCGCGAAAGACGUAUGCAGAGAUUCGCGGCUACGAUUCCUUCGAGGCCAUGCUUGCCGCCUCGGGCACCGAGGGGGCUGUGCCUACUACCACCAAGGUCCCGUCUUCUGCCUCGGCGUCAGACUCGGAUUCGACUCCCGACGUGGACAUGUACGACUUUGGCGACAAUCCGCCGGCGGUGGAUGAUUCCGACGACGAGGACUACGUGGAAGGGAGAAGCCGCAAGGGUAGGCCAACAGAAGACGGUGGUGACGAGGACGACGACGAGACGGCGGACGCGGACGAGCCACCGGUCACACCCCAGCCUCUCAGGCGAAGCACUCAGGAGGUGCGUCCCUCGUCACGGCUGGGUGGAGGCGGCUGGCCAUCAAGCAGAAUGGGUGCCGCUGCCGGAACACGGCUAUCCGCACGUAAAGACAAGUCUACGGCGGAUAACAAGGAGGAUGUGACGAUGGAGGACGCUCUUCAGACGACGCCGCUCAGGAAUCGCAGCACUGGCGACGCCACACCCAAGGCGGCGGGCAAGGACGAAGGCUUGCUGCCCAGUGUCGCACUGGGAUCGCCUGCGGAUCCGGUCAAGGGCGACAACAUCAAAGUAGCUGAAUCCGACACGGCCGCUCGAGCCGACAGUAGCGCCUCCGAGAACAGUGUCUUUCCACCGGGGUCGAAGUCAGGGCCGGCCGAAAGGGCGACGCUCUCGGAACGGUCCAGGAGUAAUCCUUAUGAGAGGUGCAACGCGGAGGAGGGCCCAGAGACGGCCGACGCGAAGACUGCGCGAGAUGGGGAGAAGGACGCUCAACCGAAUCAUGCAGCAGCGAUGGCGAAACUCGCUCAGAGCGCCAUGAAGGCUGCGUCCAAGUCGCCCAGCCUGGACAGAGAAGCCGCCCAGAUCAGCCCCGUGUUACAGGUCGCCAACUUGCUCAACAGCGCCCCGGCACCCGAGGUCACCAAGCAGCCAUCAUCGGGCGCCUCCCAGGCCAAGCCGAACGAUGCUCGUCGACCUCUGCCCUCAGGGCCUGGCAUGACAGUGAUAGUGGCAGAACCAGCAACCGUUCCAAGGUCCUCCAUGUCGCAUGACAUGACCACCGGCGGUAGCAUUGGUGUCCGGAAGGAGGAUGCGAACCAGCAGCCGUCGGUGGAUCUCACCGUGCAAAGCAACCAGGAGGCCGAAACGCAACCCGCGAGGUGCGGAAGUGCAGGGAGCGGCGACAGUGCGGCCCGGCGAUCGGACCCUCGAAUGAGCAUCAGCAACGCCGUCGACGACCACAAGGACGAAGGCAUCAAGCGGACGGAGGCUGGCCUCCUUGAGAGAAACGCUACCGAGGACGGCAACAAUGGCGGCUUGUCGGGAAACAACACGUCCAGGAUUUUAGCGCACAUCGGCCUGGCCAACGAUGCCCGAUGGCGAGCUGUACGGACAUCGGAGUCGCCGCAAAUGUCGGCGGCGAUGGUUCAGUCACCAGUCAUCGACCGAGGCGAGGCAGCAUCGCCUGCACUCAGCGGCAAGAAGGAGGCGGAGACGUCGAUAGAUGUUGCUGAGUUCCACGAAGGCGACAUGCACUGGGCGCAAGAGGGCAAGUUCCUGCGGUUCGUGUUGGAGGACGAGUCCAGCGGUAUUGCGAGAAGCGUCAAGGAAGACGGCAUGGAGGUGACGGUGGACGCCAGUCAAGUCAAGGCGGCGCAGAUGGCGGGAUCAGAGGUUCGACUGGUGCUCAAGACGGGCGGUGAGCAACGGCUCGUGUUCAGCGCGAACGCACUGACUGGCAGCCAUCGUGGAGCCAGAAUGCAGACGGCCAAGUUCUACCGAUGGGUGACGGGUAGGAACACGGAUAUUGAGCACAUUGGCUGA